AAAAAAAGAAAGGCAAAACAAAAAGAAAUUACGGUUACGCGAGGUCGCUCAUCGCGAUCGUUGAGCUUCGUUUGGAUGCUUCUUCACAUAUCGGAGAACAAAACUAGCCAACACGUCGCGAAGCAAGCGCAGUCCACGUGUGAGGAUGAGCAAAAUGGAAACGCUGAGAGUUUUGCUGAAUGCGCGACUCGGUGCGGCCGUCGAAGAAGUACUUGGAGUUUUUCAAAGAACGAUCGCAGAGUACGAGGAGGAACUCGCUCGAACUAAAGACGAGAACGAGACGCAGCGUCGACAACUCGCCGCCGUUUGCGUGCCUCGGGUUGGCCUACAAGUUGUCGCAGACAACAGUGACAAAUUUCUUCCCCCGGAGGGGCAGGAUGAGCAGCGCGGGCCAAACCUUGAUUUUUGGCCAAAGUCUACCGGGACAGAAUGCAGUUCGCCGUUGACCUUCCGGGAGAGAAGCAGUCGAGAAAACGGAUGGAUGGAUGAGCAGCACGAGUGGAACUUGAGGUUGGAGCGGCAGCACCUUCGAGAGAAGAAACACUCGGCUGCCGCUAUGGACGAAUGUCCGCUGACUGCUGGCCCUGUGAAGAUCGAAGAAGGCGCGCCGAGGUCGCGGCUUCGUCGCGGUCGCUGGGCGGAACCUUCUAGAAGCAGCAGCAGCAGCAGCAGCAGCAGCUCAAGUCAACACGUGACAACAGAAGCUUACCGAGACCACUGCGGAGGAUUACAAGCAGAGAGUCUCUUGGCGCCACCAUCGUCGGAUGGUGACGGCACAACGCUGGAGUCCAAAGACGGAAAUCAAGAACAUCUGCCGCCAGAACGGCAGGACGACCACUCGGGGGCGUGUCCCGUCUUGAGCUCAACGUCAGCCGGGACGGGCCGUAAUCCACCCGUCACCCUUAUGAGGAUGAGUGAUAUCGAAAAUGGGGGAACGGGGGAGCAGCGGGACUGGAACUCGGGGUUGGGGCGAGAGCAAGAGCAGCACGUUAAAGAGGAAGAGAACGCGGCCGUUAUCGCCGCUCUGAAGACCAACGAUGAUAACGGUCCGAGGUCCCGGCUUCAUCCCAGUCAAAGCGGGGAGAAGAGAUGGGCCGAGCCCCCGAGCGGCGGCAUGAAAAGCGAAGAUGGCGGGGGCCAACGCGGAGGAUCCCGAGCAGGCGGCCUCUUCCCUCCAGUCUCGCUUGACACCGUCGACGGGCGCGCCCAAGGUGAUGCGACGAGCCGCGGCCGCGACGCGCGCUGGAAGUGUUCUCGGUGCGGCGAAACCUUUGGCGCCAAGAAAAAUCUAAGAAGACACGCCGUGCUCCACGCCAGAGAACAGCCUCUGGGUUUCUCUCGUUGCCAAAGACUCCCUCCAAAGGCGAAUUUGAUAACGUGGGCGAGAGCACAACCGCCUUCCUCUUGUAGUCACCAUUCAGCAUCGACGAAUGGCAAGAAAACACACGCUGGUGGUGAGAAACCCUUUCAGUGCUCGGUGUGCAGUCAAACCUUUUCGAAAAAGCAGAAUAUGAUGACCCACAUGAGGAUACACACCGGAGAGAGACCGUUUGCCUGCUCAACGUGCGGUGCAAGAUUCACUCAAAAGAUUAGUUUAACACAUCACUUGAGAACACACACCGGGGAGAAACCGUUUUCCUGCUCGGAGUGCAACAAAGGUUUUGCUCAUCCUUCAGCACAUUUGAGACACAUGAAAUUGCACACGAGAGUGAAACCACACGUGUGCCAAGUUUGUGGUCAAGCAUUCGCUCGAAAAGAUCACUUCAAAAAGCACAUGAUGACAAACUGUGGAGAAGUCCUUCCAGAUUCAUGCACACUCCGUGGCCCAUCUUAACAGGCCCCGUGUGCGUCGGUGGCGCCGAUGAUGUCGGAGGCUACUGGGCUGAUUUUGGUUGAGGCAACGCGGGCUCCGUUCCAGUUGCGGACUCAAUAUUUUGUCCCGUUUGUUGUGGUCGUUUACAAGUGCAGCGAAACUUCUUUCACUGGCGGCAUCAAAUAAAAGUCC